CUUUGCGUCUAAAUUUCUAUCUUAUUCCAAUAGCAGUAAAGAUGUUUAAUAAUAGAUCAUAUCGUGUAACGUACAGAAAAUAGUAUAAACAGUUUCAUGCGUAGUAAAAAAUGACGACACCAGGAAAAUAUUUUCAAUUGGUCAAAACAAAGGGAAAUACGAUUGCAGACACAUGAAUGGACUGCGUAGCGUUACGUAGUGUUGUAAAACUAGGCGAACGCCCCACCAGACUCUAAGUGUGCCACAGAAACGGUUAAAAGUUCUAGUUAAUGUGAUUAAAGUGUAACAAUGGCUGCAGCAUUCGAUUCGCCCAAAUAUCAAAACAGUUUAAUUUGCUGCAGCCCACGAACGGCGGACGCUUAUUCCAAAUCAUCCUCGUCGACUUCGGGCUGUGUAUCCGCUGAUGACAGCUACGAUUCCUUAAAUCAAGUACCUAAAACGAUAGCGAUCAAAAAACUAAAAAUCCACAGCACAGCUACGAAGGAAGAAGUCGAAAAGGCGAUUAAACAAUGCAAGGAACUCAUUCUGAACAGCCAACAGUGUUCCGACGAGCGUAAAUGGCUGGUUAGAUACCUAGUCGAGCUCCGAUUGCGUUUAGAAGACAUCAAGGACACCGAUGGACAACCUAGAUUAGGCGUGUGUAUAAAAGGACAUCAUUUUAAACAACAAAUAACACCUCAGAACAGGAAACAGUACUGCGAUCACUGUAGUGGUGUAAUAUGGAGCAUUGUCCAAAGCUCAUACAUUUGCAGCGACUGUGGCUAUUUAAGCCAUUACAAAUGUGUCGACUACAUUUGUAGAGUGUGUGCACAUGUUGUUAUGACCGACAAGGGGCAGUUUGAAAUGGAUAUCUGUCCGGAGAAAGGUUUAGCCACUCAAGACUAUAAAUGUGCAGAAUGUGCAACAGCGCUGACCUUUAAAGAUGCAUGGAACGAGCCAAGGCUAUGUGAUUACACCGGAUUGUACUUCUGUGCUACUUGCCAUUGGAACGAUCAAUCUGCAAUACCGGCUAGAGUUGUACACAAUUGGGACUGGGAGAAGCAUUAUGUGUCACGUCUCGCCUUCCAGAUGUUAAACCUAGCAUGGAAUCUACCUUACAUAGACAUAGAAAGCAUAAACCCGAAGCUAUUUAACUUUAUAGCGGAACUGGAAUGGGUGCACAAGAUGCGGAAAGACCUUGAGUGGAUGAGGCGCUACUUAUGUGCCUGCUCAGAAGGUUCCGCUCUUCUUUCACCGUUAUUUAUGCAGUUAGGAGAUAUAAAUAAAAAGUACAGUAUGGCACAUUUGCAAGCGAUUAAUGAUGGCACCUUAGAGACACAAUUAACAGAGUUGACAGAGGUUUGUCGUACACAUAUAACUAGCUGUGAUUUGUGCUCAGGAAAAGGAUAUUUAUGUGAAAUUUGUAGUAAUAAUGAGAUUCUCUAUCCAUUUGACAGCGGGGCUAUAAUGUGUAAUAAAUGUAACACCAUGUUACACCGAGUGUGCUGGCUCCGUAAAGGACAGAAGUGCCCGAAAUGUGUUCGCUUAGAAGAACGUAAGAAACUACAUGAAGUUACCGACGAAGCUGAUACUAGUGCCGACAAUGAGUACGACAUAGACAAAUUUGUCGAAUGAUUUAACAUUUAUAUUUUAUUUUGUACAUUUCGCCAAACUAACAUUUCAGUUAUUGGACUUGAAAAUAAACAUAUUGACAUGCAAUUUUGUAAAUUAACAUUUUAAAUGGUGCUGUAUAUUUAGCGAUAAAAUAUGUUCAAAGCUUUAAAUAAAGGCAUAAUUAAUUAUGGAAAGUUCACAAGGCAUUACUAGCCUCCUCAAAUGUUAGGUGUAGAUUAAAAUAUUAACUCACUUUUAUAUUUUUAAUUAUAACCUAUUUAAUGACGUAAACCACUUAUUGAUUAAUAUUCGAUUUUUUUUUAAAUGUAAUUUGGCUUUUUUGUGUAAGUAUAAUCUUUUGACCAUUUUUUUUUAUUUGACUUUCAAUGUAUUUGACCAUUUUUUUUGUAUUGCCCUUGUUUUGACAUAUAAAAGUCAUCAUCAUCAGAUAUAAUAAUAACAUUGCUCAUAAAAUCC